AUGAUUCUGCAGUGUUGGUUCUACCUCCGGUUACUGGAAUGUCCCGGUGGCAAUUACUACGCCUACCCGAUGGCCGUAUGCGCCGAGGUGUCUGAGAAGCUACAAAUUAACAAGCUAUAUCGCUUGCCUGCUUCCCCCAGCGAGAAAAUUCACCACGAAUCGCAUCCCUUUGACCGCCGCCGGAUCCACCCUACGUCCAUGUCUGAAUACCAUCCCGAUUUGAGACCGCCUCCUCGAACCACCACUACGCCAUACCAAGUGGUUCAGCCUGAAGGGGCUUCCUUCAAGAUCCACGGACAGAGGAUCGACUGGGAAAAAUGGCGAUUUCGAGUAGGCUUUAACUAUCGUGAAGGCUUGACUCUUCACGACAUCCGCUACGACGGGCGAAGUUCUCUUCUAUCGCCUGUCCCUGGCGGAGAUGCACUAUCAAUUAUUUCGAUGCCUGGCAUAACACUGAAUCUGGAGAGCCCCCUGAAAAUGCCAAACGUCACGAUUAUCACGGUCAGCAACUACGAAUAUAUUCUUGCCUUCCACUUUGGUCAAGACGCCACGAUCAGCUUCGAGGUUCAAGCCACAGGUAUCCUGUCCACGGUCCCCUCCGCCAUCAAUGUCAAGGACAAAUAUCCCUUCGGCACGAUAGUGGCGCCGGGAGUGCUCGCUCCGUACCACCAACAUCUUUUCAGUCUCCGGAUCGACCCUGCUAUUGACGGCUACAACAAUUCACUUGUGGUGGAAGAGUCGAAGCCUAUGCCGGUCGACGAUCCAUCCAUUCACAACCCCUUCGGCGUGGGAUACAUGACCGAAAGCCAUAUCGUUAACCGAGAGGGCGGGUUAGACCUCGAUCACAACAAGGCGAGUCUUCAAAUUCAUCAACGAACGGAAAAUCAACCCCAUGACCGGCAUCCCCGCCAGAUGCUCCUCGCCCAGCCGGAAUCAUUCCAUGCGAAGCACUCCGAGUUCGCCGAGCAUGCAGUAUGGGUGACGCGCUAUGAAGACAACAACCAUUUCCCCGCCGGCAAAUACAUCAUGCAGUCCUCGGGAGGCGGCGGCCUCGCCUCGGCCAUUAAGAAGCGCAGUAGCGGAGGCAAGACCCAGUCCGUGCGCAACACCGACAUUGUCAUCUGGCAUAACUUCGGUUCCACGCAUAACCCGCGCAUCGAGGACUGGCCAGUCAUGCCCAACGAGAAGAUGAUGGUCAGCUUGAAACCCGUCAAUUUCUUUUCCGGCAACCCAGGCCUCGACGUGGCCAUCUCGAUCCAGAGCCAGAACAAGAGCGUCUUGUACGACGACGAGGAAAGUCCUGCCAACUGGACCCAAAGCUGCUGUGGCCCGAGGCUGUGA